CACGUCCAAAGUGCGACGACUUCCACAACACCUGUUGAAGUAAUACACAGCCGCCAAUAUGACCGAAGUCGUUCUCCGUGGCGUCCAAGUGGAGGCGCUGGUGGUCAUGAAAAUCAUUAAACACUGCUCACAAGCCUUUCCAUCGACUGCAACUGGCGCCCUCGUCGGCAUGGAAGUCAACGGGAUUCUUGAAGUUACAAACACGUUCCCCUUCCCCACGAUUGAAAAUUCUCCCAACCAAGCGGACAGCAGCCAAUAUUCCAACGAGUCUCGAAGCGAUGUUGCUGCAGCAGCACCGCGCGCAAAAGCCAACACGGUGUACCAAAAUGAGAUGAUCAAACUGCUGAGAGAGGUUAAUAUUGAUGCGAACAACGUAGGAUGGUACACGAGCACAAGCAUGGGCAAUUUCGUGAACCUUCAGACGAUAGAGAAUCAGUUUUUUUUUCAAAAAGAGCUGGGCGAGAGUCAUGUUGCGCUGGUACAUGAUGUCAGCAGGAGCAGCGCUGGUACGUUGAGUUUGAGAGCGUUUAGGUUGAGUCCGACGUUUAUGGCUGCAUAUCGGGAAGGCAAAUUCACCGUUGAGUCGAUCCAGAAGACGAACUUGAAGUACCAAGACAUACUUGUCGAGCUGCCUCUAACCAUCCACAACUCCCACAUCCUAACCUCCCUGCUCCAUCAACUGCCUUCAUCACCACCGAAAUCACCCUUGGAUUUUCCACCCUCCCUCGCGGCUCUCAAAAAUGAUCCACUGCUCACUAGUCAACCGCUGGCGCCAAAUUUCGAUUCCCUCGACCUAUCUAUCGAUCCUUUCCUCGAGAAAACAUGUGAUCUGCUUCUCGACUCGAUAGAGACGCACCAGAACGAGCUGAAUAAUCACCAGUACUACCAGCGUAGCCUGGCACGCGAGCAGGCCAAAAUUACGGCAUGGCAACAAAAGCGAAAGGCGGAGAAUCAGGCGAGGAUUGCGGCUAAGCAGACACCAUUGCCAGAGGACGAGUGGCAGAGACUUUUCAAGCUCCCAACAGAGCCAAGCAGACUAGAGAUUCUUCUAAACAGCAGGCAGGUUGAGCAAUAUACCAGGCAGGUGGACGGUUUCACAGCGAGUGUAUCUGGAAAGAUGUUCGCCGUGAAGAGUAAUUUGUUGCCGGGAGAAUGAACAGGGUUGUAUAACUGCAAGGGAGGAGAGACCCAACUUGAUUAUCAUGGGAAGAGAAAAUGCAUAGAUGGCGUUCAGGCGGCAAUAUUAGCGGAACGAAGACAUGAGGUAUGUCUACCAUGCUUUUUUCGCCGUCUCUUUGGGAAAGCGCGUGCUUGAUAUAUUACACGCCACCAAGGGCUGUGAACCAAACAACGAGGCUAGCUUAGGUUAGUCAUAGAUUAUAUCGCAGAUUUUCGACCUGCUAAAGGAGUGCUCUUGCGUUCUUCAGCAUUUCAUUUGUAAACUCUAGAGAAGAGGAAGGUUUGAAUCUUUGCAGCGCAGCUGCAAGGUCGUCGCACGCU